AAUUAAUAUACAAUAUAAUUAGAUAGUUCUCGAGAGAGAUGUAGCGACCACAAAAAAAAAUAAAAAAAUAAAAAAAUAAAAAAAAACAAAAGCAGAAGGAAGCUUUAAAUUGGUUGUAUUUGCAAUAAGAAUUAACACAGAGUGACAAGUUAUAGAAAUGGAUACUGGUUCCCAAGAAGCUAUUAAGCCAAGUAUCCAGAACGAAGAUUCGAAUCCAGUGAAUUUUUCAGUUCCAACAACGUCAAAUCAAUCGGAAAAUUCAGUUGCCAAAAGAGCUAAGAUAGAGUCCACUCCUUUGCAGACAGUCAAGGUGGAGGGUCAUUUGCCUUUAGCUUCGAAUGAAACUAAGUUAAACGUGGCGACAUCGGUGGUCAAUCCAGCCACAAGUACCAUAGUGGAACAGUCAAAAACUUUCCAAUCAUUACCUGUUAUUAAACAUGAUAUCAAUAAUAAUAUUAGUACAUCGAUUCUGUCAGCUAAAGUGGUGGUACCGAAUACAACAUCAUCCUUAGUAAACACAGAUAGUUCAAUCAAGGUCGAAAAGAAACUUGUAUCACCAAUAACACAAAGGUUUAUCCCAGCAGCUACCAAAUCCAUAAAUACAUUACCUCCUCCCAAGGAACACAGACUAGUCUUACUUUACGAUACUCCUCGUUAUUAUCAUAUCAUCAUGCAACUUAAAGAGCUCCGAGAGAUGCCGAAUUCCAUUGUAACAGUCAUAGAAUUAAGUGACAUAGAUAAGGUUGUCACGGAUGAAUACAUAUCGAAAAUAAAAUUCGAUCAUUUGAAUAUUUGUAUUGAAUAUAACGAUGAGUUUGAAAGGAAUUUACAGAGAUUUAUCAAGUUCAUGGAAGAUAAUCCAAAGAAAUUUCAAGAAGUUGGUGAUAUUGGUUAUCAUAUCCAUUUUGCUCCCGGUAGAAAAUGGAAAGAUUAUCAAGAGGUGGAAGUUGAACAAUAUAAAAAGUUUUUGGAAGUGUUAGGUGGAGUUGCAGGAGAUAAGAUUCUGCAUUGUUCAAUCAUUAAUAAAUAUGAUAUGGAUACAGUUUACUUAACUGAAAAGAAUGAACUUGCCAAAUUAGGUCAAGAAAUCCAAGAAGAUAUUUCUAGAUGGAAGAAUUUAAAAGUCCUCGAUUAUGGUGAAAGUAGUAUACGAUUCUUGCCAGGAGUCAAAUUACCUGAUUCAUUGGAAGUAUUAAACAUUGGUGGAGGAUAUGCAUUGGAGACAUUAACUGGAUUUAAAAUGCCUCCCAAAUUAAGAACGCUUUUGGCUGGCCAAGGUUCGGUUCAUAAUAUAGAUAACAUACAAUUCCCAGAUUCGUUGGAAAGAUUGGAAUUAGAAGAUAAUAAAAUAUAUUUUCUUAACUAUGCUGAGUUCCCAUCUACUUUGAAACAUCUUGAUAUAUCACAGAAUAGAAUUGAAAGUUUAAGAGGGGUAGUGUUUCCUAAUAGAUUAACUUCAUUAAACAUAGGUUUUAAUCCUAUUGAUUCCAUAAAGGGAGUGAAAUUUCCUGAAACUUUAAUCCACUUGGAGGUCUCGAAUAUACCGAAUGAGUCAAUGACAGGAGUAAAGUUUCCUGAUCUGUUACAAGUUUUAAAUUUACAGACUUCAAUGACUAGUACAAGAGGAUUGAAACUACCACCUUAUGUCAAAACAUUAAUUCUUGCUGGUAAUGGAGUGAAUAGUAUCAAUCCUUUAAAGUUAUCGAAUACUAUCGAAGUGCUUUACCUAAAUGAUAAUAAUAUCAAGACAUUGAAUAAAGUAGUUUUUCCUAGUUCAUUAAGAGAAUUAUAUUUGGGUGAUAACUUAUUAACUACUUUAAAAAAUGUUAAUUUUCCACCGUCCCUUGAAAUACUUGAUCUUGACAAUGAUCCAGAUUCAGAAGAUCAUGAUAAAUACAUAACUACUUUGAAGGAUGUUAUUUUCCCACCUAACUUAAAGGUCUUAAAAUUAGGUUAUCAUGCUAUUAAAGUCGUGGAAGGUAUCGAAUUACCUACUACACUUACUACUUUAAGUCUUUCGUAUAAUGAUCUUAGAGUCAUUCGAAACGUAAGAUUCGGUAAUCAAUUAAAAUUAUUGGAUUUGAGUGGGAAUCCUGAAUUAUCAAGUUUAGAUAAUUUAAUGAUUCCAGAUUCAUUAACAGAAUUAAGAAUUUCAGCAGAACAAGUCAACAAUCUUCCAUCUUAUAUUGUUGAAAGGGCCAACCAAAAGCAACUAUUAAUUAAAAAAUCAAUUGUUCAAAAGUAACUAAAAACAAUUAUAACACAAUGAU